AUGAAUAUUUUACUUUUUGUGUUACUUCUUGGCAUCGUCUCUGCGGAUCCCCAAAUUAUAUGGCUCAGUCGACAGAGUGGUACAAAUUCACCAAAUAAUGUUAACGUAGAAGUGGGAGGAAAUCUUUACUUGGCUUCUAAUGACGAUUCUGCACAGUUACAAAAGAUAACCAUUACCAUAGGCACCACUACGUUAAGACUGGAUCAGCUGAGUGAUGGGAAGAGUUUGAAAAUCCUUUCAAAUCAACUGACUAUCCGGUCGGAUCUUCUCGACGCUACUGCUAGAAAACUCACUGGAUAUUUAUAUGUUACAACUGCAACUCAAGCAAACGAUAAUACAUUCGAUGUGAAAGUGGUGAAUGGAGCGCAAAAAUUGAAUCGAAAUGGGGACAGUACUACUACAGUAAUCCUCAAUACCCAAUACAAAGACGAUUUCCCUUCGUUUUUUGCUCCAGAGAAAACCACUUAUGUAACGGAGGUUCAGCAAUUUAGAAGCAACCCAAUAAACUUCCACUAUGGAAUUCCUGGAGAUAAUUGGAAAACUUUCACUGGCAAUCAAUUUUUCGAGAAUCCACAGCCAUUUGACUUCUAUGAUGAUCAUGGACGCCCCCACACAAACAUGAUAUUCUUUGACUCGGUAGAACCGAUGCAAAUCAAUCUUCCGUAUUGGUACAUAACCGCUGGUGGACCAUUCAGUUUGAAUAUGGAUAGUUCGUUUAACGACGAACAAAUUCACAACACCACCUCAGCCAACACAACCGGAGUAUACAUCUUGAAUGACGUUUGGAGGAAUCCAACUGUGAAUUUCGCCACGGAUCCUACUAGAAAGGGAUAUUCGGGUGUCUUGACGUACGUUGAUCUGGAUUACUCUGCUUGCAUAAUUUUUAACAACGUUAUCAAGGGUGACUCAAAUUACAACCUGUGUUUUGGGGCUGACAACAAAAUAGUUCAUGAACGGCUUUCCUCUAAUUUGGUCUCAAAAUCACUCGUUGUCAAUGCCACCGCAGGAAACCCGGGAACACUGUAUUUCCAAUAUUUCGUAUUUAGUAAGUUAGAGAUCAUGAAACUUUUCGUAUUCGAAUUUUCAGCCGGAGAAUUAUAUCCAAUCACCUCGAGUACACAGCCGCCGCCGUCUACAACUGUAACCACUACUACUGCCAUAGCCACCACAACUGGUUCAGCUGGAAACAACGACGCUUUCUUUUUGAUUUUGGCUGCUGCAUUCUGGAAAUAUCUACUGUAA